CAAAUAGUCUAUUUUCCUUAAAUCUAUCUGAAGCCAGUUUAGUCAUGAGAUGGUGUACACCGAAGCAAGCUAACAUGACAAUGCUUUUUGACAAUGAUAUGGAAAAAACUUGGUGAUUAAGUUAUUAUAGUAGAAGGUAUAGUUGAUUAAAAUUGUGUCAAGUGUAAUUAAUUAACUUUUAUGUUGCCUUCUAAUUGUAGAGAAACUGUGGUUUUGUUUUGUACAAAUAAAAUUAUAAAUCAUCAUGCAUAUUUGUGCUUUAUUUCCUUUUUUCACUGCAACAAGCUCUUUGAGCAUUUGCUAUGCAUGAUCGUGUUUAUAUGGGCUUGUGGUCUUGAACUCUUAGGUGAUAACUUUGUCAGAAAAGUUUAUGGAAAAUUUAAUUAAACAGAACAUCCACCAAAUCUUCCAUAUUCUCUGCCUGAACUUGGCUGGGGAGCUGAAAUUUUCCUGUUUGAUUUUACUUUUACCUAGUUUUAAGUCAGGAGAAUUAUUGUCUUUGGUACUCUUUGCAGCAGCUUGUUGCUUGGGCUUGAAUACAAGAGGUGAAGUUUUUUCUUUUAUUUCUCACUUCGGUGUUGUGGUGUGGCCACUUUGAAUGUACUUCAGCUAUAAAUUCAGGGAAACUAUUGCUAAUAAUAUGAGGAAAUUCCAUAAUGAAAAUUUCUAGGUGUGAAAUAGCUAUACUUGAUGAAUAUAACAGUUCUAGUCUUCUAGAUGUAAGUGACAUUAAUCUAGUUCAAGGGCCAAAAAACAGAUUAAACAAAUAGGGAGACCCUUAGUGACAUGAGGGGAAUAUUCCGGUAGCCCGGAAAAGUUUCAUUUGUGAAAAAAGAAAUAAGGAUUAAGAUUCCCUUAUCUAUCUCGAGUUUGAGGGUCUCGAGUGAGAGAAACACAUGAAGUGCGUUGUACAAUAUUUUUUUUAGCAAGAGAUGUAUAAUUGUAUCUUUUGUGGGGUUUUUCGAGCAAUAUUAAAUACUCAAUAAAUACUGUAAAACUCAUUUAUAUGUUUCCCUCCCACUUGUGACUGUCAAAUUUAGAAUAAAAGUUAUCCGUUUGAUUAAUAAAACAAACAGCUGGAGCUUUUAAUAAUCUGUGUUUGAUUUGCACGACUCAUUGGCAACUGCUAAAUAUACAAACAAGUCAACCGAUGGCAACCGUUGGUUGGCCUCCUCAAAUCAUUCUUGGCCACAAAACCCUCUUUAUAAACCAUUGUACACACACGAAACAUACCCCAUGUUUCUCACAUCAUUUUUCUUCUCCGUCUUCUUCGACCAUUCUAUCUAUAAUAAUAGAGCUAGCGAGGGAGAGAGAAAGGAAGGUUCUUGUUGGUUCUUGAGCACUACACAUGGGUAAUUGUGGUAGUUUGCCCAAAACCAAGGGUGGCAUUGAUGUCUCGGUUCCGGCACCUGAGCCAACUACAACUAAGGCGUUGGUGGAAACCAAAGAGGAGAAGGAGGAGGUGAAGGUUCAGCAAGAAGAGAAGAAGAUUGAUGGAAAUGUUGGAGAGCAGAAUGCUGGCGGUGGGAAGUCUGGUGAUGAGAACGGGGUCGUCGGCUCCUUGCUCAAUGAGACUAAAGAAAAGAAAGAGGCAAAAGAGAUUGAGAAGAACGGUGGAAUGUCAUCAGAGCCGAAAGAAGAAAAGACAAGUAUUGGGGAGGUAAAGAGCGAACCAGAGAAAACACCAGCAGCUGCUGCAGAUGCAAAAGGCAAAGAAAACAAUAAAUCUGAGGAGAAAACCGCAGAUAAAGAGGUGAAGGGUGAAGUACAAGAGCAAGAACCUGAAGCUGCAGCAGAUGCAAAACACGAAGAAGACAAGAAACGUGGGAAAGGGAAUAUUGCAGCUAAGGAGGUGAAGGAUGAACCAGAGAAAGCACUGAAGAUCAUGACUAUGGAUAAGGAGGCUAAGGGUGAACCAGAAAAAGCACCUGAAGCUGCAACAUAUGCCAAUAACAAAGAAGAAAAAAUAUAUGAGAAGAAUAGUACCGGAGAUAAGGAGAUAAAGGGUGAACCAGAGAAAGCACUGCAGAAGACCGCAGAUAAGGAGGUAAAGGUUGAAGUAGAGAAAGAACCAAAGAAGACCCCAGAUAAUGAGAUGAAGGGUGAAUCAGAGAAAGCACCUGAACCUGCAGCAAAUGCCAUAAACAAAGAAGGCAAUAAAUAUGGGAUGAAUACAGCAAAUAAGGAGGUAAAAGGGUGAACCGGAGAAAGCACCGAAGAAGGCCGCAGACAAGGAGAUAAGAGUGAUAACCAGAGAAGGCAUCUGAAACUAGCUGCAACACAUGAUGCAAAAGAACCAAAAAAAAAAAAAAAAAAGUGAGAUCGAUCGAAGAAGAUAGCAGAUAAGUGAGAACCUGCAAUGUGAUCGAUCGAGUCAUGGAUGCUGCAUGUAAUUUAAUUAAAGAGUAGUAGUAAUAAUAGUAGAAGAAAAUGAAACUUUUCAUGUUGUUUCCGUUUUGUUCCGAAGAGAUCAAAUCAUUUGGAUUGGCUAGGGAAAUCGAGUCUAGCUUGAAUUUGUGGUGCAUGGUUUCAUUAUUUUCUAGGAGAUCAAUAAUAUUGUUUUACAAAGGAAUUUUUCUGUAUUUCUGUAUCAACUAGCACUCAUGCAAUCUUCAAAAAAAAAAAAAAAGACCCGAUUAAAUUUCA